AUAUAACCCACUUUGAUACGUGUUAGCUUUGCUGUAAAAAGGAAGUGAUGUGAGACGUUAACCUCAAGUGAACGUGCUAUUCUGCAUUGUCUCAUUUGUGUUGCAUCACAUACAGUCUGAAUCAACGAAUCUAAUGGACUCCCCAGGUGGAACCGAUGCGGAGGAGAAUGUAACAGGAAGUGAGAAGGUUGAACUUCCUGUUCUCACUCAACCUGGGCUUGGCGUGACCACGACCACAAUGACCACCAUCACUCAGACAGGAGGAGGAUGGAGCACGGGACUUUUUAAUGUGUGUAGUGACAGCAGCACAUUUUUGAUGGGUGCGUUUGUGCCAUGCUGUCUGGACCUGAGUCUUGCUCAUCAAUAUGGAGAAUGUCUGUGUUUACCUCUGCUGCCCGGCUCUACGUUUGCCAUGAGAGUGGGCAUCAGAGAGCGCUUUAAAAUCAGGGGCAGCGUGUGUGAAGACUGGACUGCGGUAUAUUGCUGCUAUCCUCUGGCCCUCUGUCAGAUGAUCAGAGAGAUGAAGAAGAGACUGAAGACACAGACUUACACUGUUUCAACCAUGCUGGACAGCUCCUAAGACAUGGUGUACGUGCGUGCGUGUAUGUGUGUGUGCGUCUGUGUGUGUGCGUGCCUGCGAGCAGACAUGCAUUUUAAACAUUUCCUCUUGAAUGUUUUUGGUGACGAUAAAAUACUGAGGGGUCUGUCAGCAUGUUUAUUACCCGGGGUCCUGAACUUCACGCAGGGUUAGACAUCUCAACACCCUCUGCUUGAAGAUUGAUGUACCUGACAUUUCAAACUGAUGGAGAGAUGGAGGAACAGAUGGGUGGAUAUGGAUGAGAGGGGGCUUAUGAUGUGUUCUGGGUAUCAUAUUAAAUCGAUUACAAUUUUACAUUUACAUUAAAGAUUUGGUUUUACAUUUUAAAGGUGAACCGUGUAAUUUAUACGGCACUAUAGGGUCACCAAACAUACACGCCUCUCACAUCUGCCUCUGAUCAGAUAGCCCAAAAUAUAAGGUAUUGGUUGAGUAAAUGAUACGGUGUUGAGUUGGUCUCGAUUCUCAGACAAACACGUUUUGAAAGCCAUGCUGAUAAGACACCAUGAAAUUACAAGUGCACAAGUUUACACUGCAUAAUAAUACAUUAAAGAAGUAAACCCAUGAAUUGUUUUGCUAUACAGGAUUUUAAUAUAAAAAUUAUUUCACACAUGAACUCAUAUAGUUAUAUUAACAAUUAUGGUUUUUGAAACAUGUAUUUAUAGACAAUGGACAUUUUAAAAACUGGUAACAACAUCAGAAUCAAGUGUUGUAAAAUGCAUCUGUUCUGUAAAAUGGCUCCUUCAGGACGGCACUGAAUUAAAAACAA